AUUUGCUCAGUCGCUCACCGGACGUCUCGCGGUUCUCUUGAUUUUUGAUUGACGAUCUCAACGACGUUCGCUACGUCCUUCAUUCAGCGUUGUGUUGUACUAACCGUACUACGUAAGCAAACCAAAACUCAUUACUGUGCGAGUUUUUUUUCUGUGUUGUGUGCCGUCCAAAGUGGAUAAUCAAGUUUUUUCUUCAUUACUUUGAUGGGCACUUCUUUCUCCAGCAGAAGGGUCAAGAGUCAACCUAACCGGGAACCGAAUUACAUAAGCACACGAUCAAAAAUGGCACCAAAAGAACCUUCUCCGCUGGUUAAGUUGUACUUGAUUUUGUACAACGGAGGGCAAGUUUUGGGAUGGUCCUACAUGUUCUAUCAAUUGCUGGCCUACUACACAUUCGACAAAGGCAAUGGACAAACCCUGUGGGACUACCUCGGGAAAACGGUUAUCAUUUUCCAAAAUGCAGCGGUGCUUGAAAUCUUGCACGCAGCGACCCGUAUCGUGCCGAGCAAUCCGGUCAUCACCACCUUCCAGGUGCUAUCGCGUGUGAUGGUCGUCUGUGGAGUCGUUAUGGCUACGCCUACUGGAAAAACUUCUCCAGGGCUCCCACUAGCGCUUCUAGCUUGGUCCAUCACCGAAAUCAUCCGAUACGGUUACUACGCACUCAAUCUAGUCAACGCAGUUCCCCACUUCAUCAUCUUCCUUCGAUACACGACCUUCAUUGCUCUCUACCCGAUCGGGGUCACCGGGGAAUUGUUGUGCUUCUUCUGGGCCCAGAGCUUUGUGCGGGAAUCCAAACAGUGGAGCAUCGAGAUGCCGAACUCCUACAACUUCACCUUUUCGUACUUCUACUUCCUGUGGACCAUUAUGUUGUUGUACAUUCCACUGUUCCCGCAGAUGUAUCUGCACAUGUUCGCCCAAAGGCGAAAGAUUCUCGGCGGAGGAAGUGCCGGGUCCAAACAGAAGGUCAAAUAAGAAGCUUUUCUCUUCUUGUUCUGGGUGUCCCUGCUGCUGGUGGAUAGUACUUUAAUAAUUGAUAUUCAAUUUGCGGUUCCGGGAGAUAUUGCUAUUGGUUUAAGGUGUACAAAUCUUUUCCCAAGUUGUUAAUAAAUUAUUGCUCAAAUAAUGCUCGUAGAAUAA